AUGGCUCUGGUACCAUUGUUGAAUCAAUUGAUGCAAGAGGUGCAAAUGAGCAUGCUGUUCAAUCUUUUCCUGGUUUUUCUUUUCUUCCUUUCUAUUUUCAUUCUGUUUUUACUAUCAAGAUCAGGUGACAAACUCAAGUUGCCGCCAUCUCCAACAAGGUUACCAAUAAUUGGAAACCUUCACCAGCUAGGCACACUCCCACACCGCUCUCUCCAAGAUCUUUCGAGGAAGUAUGGCCCUCUAAUGUUAUUGCACUUAGGCCAAGUUCCGACAUUAGUUGUAUCAUCUGCAGAGAUGGCCAAAGAAAUCAUGAAGACUCGUGACACUGUUUUCUGCAGUCUUCCCAAAUCCACAGCUGCAAAUAUAUUACUCUAUGGCUGCCAAGACAUAGCUCUUGCUCCUUUUGGGGAGCAUUGGAAACAAGUUCGAAAAAUUUGUGUCACUGAACUGCUGAGCCAUAAAAGAGUGCAGCAGUUUCAGUAUGCCAGGGAUGAUGAAGUUGCAGAAUUGAUUGACCGGAUACACAGAUCAUGUGAGUCUCCUGUUAAUCUUGGUCAGAUGCUGAUGACAACCUCUAGCAACAUAAUGUCUAGGUGUAUUCUCGGAGAAAAAUUUGCUGAGGAUGGCGAUUGGUAUGGAGGCAUCAAGAAAAUGACUGUGCAAAUGACCUCUUUCAGUUUCGGAGAUUACUUCCCCUAUUUAAAAUGGAUUGACACUCUCAGAGGAUACAUUGCAAGCUUAAAAGAAACUGCUGCUGAAUUAGAUGGCUUCUUUGAUCAUUUAAUUGAAGAACAUAAGAAAGGCAACAAAAAAGAUGAGGCAGACAAGGACUUUGUGGAUAUUCUCCUCCAACUUCAAAAGGAUGCAACCCUUGACUUUGAGCUUACAGAUGACAACCUUAAAGCUAUCAUACAGGACAUGUAUCUUGGUGGAAGUGAUACUACUUCGACAACGAUGGAAUGGUUAAUGGCAGAGCUGGGGAGAAAUCCAAGUGUACUGGAGAAAGUCCACGAUGAGAUAAGAAGAGUGGUGGGGAAGAAGGAAAGGUGGGUGUAUGAUAUCAUUAAAAUGCACUACUUAAAAUGUGUCUUCCAAGAAUCUCUAAGGCUACAUCCUCCAGCACCUCUUCUGGUUCCUCGAGAAACAACCGAGGCUGUGGAGUUGGGAGGUUACCAUAUCCCUGCAAAAACAACAGUGUUUAUCGAUGCAUUUGCAAUCCAAAAGGAUCCAAAAUUCUGGGAAAGGCCAGAUGAGUUCCUCCCAGAAAGAUUUGAGGGCAACUUAGAUGAUUUCAAAGGCGAUGAAGUCCAAUACAUCCCAUUUGGUGGUGGUAGGAGAGGUUGCCCUGGACAAGUCUUUGGUGUUGCUUUAGUUGAAUAUGUUUUUGCCAACCUUCUAUAUUGGUUUGACUGGAAGUUGCCAAGUAGUAGUGCAAGGGCUGAGGCUUUAGACAUGAGUGAGCUUUGUGGAAUCAACAUCCAUAAGAAAUCUCCUCUUCUUCUUCUCCCGGUACCAUACAACCCUUGA